AUGUCAGGAGCUCCAAGAGUGAGGUCAAUGAAUGUGGCUGACUCUGAGGCCAGGCCUGUGUUAGGACCUACUGGAAACAAUAAGGCAGGGCCAUUGAUGAGUGCUCGGAAACCUGCCUCAAAGCAAUUGAGAAAGGUUGAGAAAUCGCCUGAGGAGGUUAAAUUUGGUGAAGAGAAGAAAGUCCUUACAGUGCCCACUGUCAGUAAUUUAUCCCCCAAAUCACAUUCCGGCAAUGUUUCUUCAGUGCUUCGCCGCCAUGAGCAGUUGUUGCAUUCGAAUUUGUCACUAAAUGCUUCUUGUUCAUCUGAUGCUUCCACUGAUUCAUUUCAUAGCCGAGCAUCUACUGGGAGGCUGAUUCGGUCAAAUAGUGUAGGGACUAGAAGGAAGCAGUAUGUUUCAAAGCCAAGAAGUGUUGCUUCUGAUGGGGGUUUAGAAUCUCCACCAUCUUCUGAUGGUUCACAGCCCAAGAAAAGUUGUGCCUGGGUGACACCAAAUACUGAUCCAUGCUAUACCACUUUCCACGAUGAAGAAUGGGGAGUCCCUGUACACGAUGACAGGAAGUUGUUUGAGCUUCUUGUCCUUUCAGGUGCUUUGGCUGAACUUACUUGGCCUGCUAUUCUAAGCAAAAGGCACAUCUUUAGGGAAGUUUUUGCAGAUUUUGAUCCAAUUGCAGUCUCAAAAUUUAAUGAGAAGAAGAUUAUAGCACCUGGAAGCACUGCAACUUCUCUAUUAUCAGAACUUAAGCUCCGUGCUAUCAUUGAGAAUGCACGCCAAAUGUCCAAGGUCAUUGAUGAGUUUGGAUCAUUUGACAAGUAUAUUUGGAGCUUUGUGAACUACAAGCCUAUAGUUAGCAGAUUUCGGUAUCCUCGACAGGUUCCUGUGAAAAUUCCCAAAGCAGAUGCAAUAAGCAAGGACCUAGUAAGAAGAGGAUUCCGCAGCGUGGGGCCCACAGUCAUCUACUCAUUCAUGCAGGCAGCGGGGAUAACAAAUGAUCAUCUUAUUAUUUGCUUCAGAUUCCAGGAGUGUAUAGACGCAGCAGAAGGGAAGGAAGAAAAUGGCAUCAAGUCUGAAGGUAUAAAAACCAACAAUGUCAUGGAAUCCAAAAUAUCCAAAGCUAUUGAUGAAUUAAGUUUCUCCUCAGAAUGA